AUGGCGGCGUCAUUUAGCGGUGCGAAUCAAAAAUGCACAGCCUGCAACGAAACGGUGUAUCUCGUUGAUCGUCUAACAGCCGAUAACCGCCAUUACCAUAAGGCAUGCUUCCGCUGCCAUUAUUGCAACAACACCCUUAAGCUGAGCAACUUCAACUCGUUCGAGGGUGUACUCUAUUGCAAGCCUCACUACGAUCAGCUCUUCAAGAUGACCGGCAGCCUUGAUAAAAGUUUCGAAGGGGCGCCGAAGGUCAACAAACCCGAAAAAUUUAUCGAUAGCGAGAAUGCUAACAAAGUGUCCAGUUUGUUUGCUGGGACAAAGGACAAAUGUGUGGGCUGUAAGCAAACUGUUUAUCCCACUGAGAAGGUAACGGUGAAUGGAACAGCAUACCACAAAGGUUGUUUCAAAUGUAGCUACGGAGGGUGUCACAUAACGCCAUCGAACUACAUAGCGCAUGAAGGCGUACUGUAUUGCAAGCAUCACCACAUUCAGCUCAUCAAGGCGCGGGGUGAUUACACUCACCUCGAGUCCGAUCAAACUCCCUCUUCUACACCUACACCUGACGAUUAA